AUGACUACUUGCUCGCUCGUUUCUUUUCCCUCCCUCUUUGCUUCUCUGCAUUCACACUCUUCUGCUGCAUUCGUUUCAGCAUAUUAUUCUGAUCUCCUCGUCAACAUGUUUGCAGCCAACUCUGCCAUUUCCGCUCAAACACCAUCAAUUGUCGCCCCGGAGUACAUUAGCAAGGUCGUCAUCUCUGCUUGUGUUACUCUCUAUGGCGUUUACAACUUAUUCCUCGUCAUCCUGUCCGCUAGAGCAUGGAAGGAAACGCAAUCAAGAGCUACCGAGCAGGACUGGGCGUUAUGCCAGAUAGGACUGCUGCCCUAUUGCAGUGUCAGCCACGCCAACCUCUAUGGCUUCAUCAUGAUGGCAGCCAUCGCCGCUACGCUGACAUCGGGCUUGAUAGCGGCACGACUGACCCUUCACCGACCCUCAGUACCAGUAGAUCUCAACUGGGUCUUUCGAGGUAUCUUCUUUACGCUCCUGCUAUUCGCUCCGCCGCUCUACGUAGGCUGGACCGUGCCGUCCGAUCUGUCACCUUUUUUCUCUAUCAUGCUGCAGGCAAUCUCCAUGGCGCUUGGGAACUUUCAUGAUCAUGAGGCCCAUAACAUCACAGGAAUCAUUGACUGGGUCAGAGAUCCUACUUUGGCCUCGUCAAUUCUCAACUCGCAGCGUGCCGGCGGCAUCGUGGGAGCCUUUGUCAUGGAGGCUGGCAUGGAUGGCUCCAGCGCUGUCAAGUCUGCCAUAUUCAUGUUUCAUUUCACUGUUUUCAUGGGCGUCCUUUUUGCUGGUGUCAUUUGUGCUCUUGCACCAACUAUAGGGAAUACGGUUGGCGGCAUGUAA